AUGACAUCGAUGGCAAAGAUGUUCCAUUUCAAUGCCGUGGAACGAGAUGAAUACCUGGGUGGCGAGCUCACGCUGGUCUUCUAUGCCCCUGGUAUGCUCGUGGCCCUCUUGGUCGGUCUACUCUCCGCUGUUGUCCCACGCAAGACACUGCUCACUGCGGUGGUUGCCCUCACAGCUUUGGCUACUAUGACCACCUUCUUCGCCGGUAACCUCCUCGGCAUGCAGUCCCUCUUAUGGGCCCGUGCAAUAGCUGGCCUUGGUAUAGGCGGCGCCUUGCCAGUUGCAUACUCUAUGGUUGGUGACUGGUUCCCUCCGGACCAACGAGCAGUAGCAUCAGCGAUGGUCACAGCGGCCUGUGGGGUAGGUGUAUUCAUGGGGCAAGUUGCUGCUGCCUAUAUAGGGAAGACCAUAGACUGGCGCUGGGCUUUCCUUCUCAUACCCAUACCAGCUCUUGCAGGAGCUGUGCUGUGCCAAAACCGGUUAGGGGCGCGAUGGACGGAGCUGAUCCGAGUGGUACGGACGACGAGACCGCGCCGUAGCCCAGAGCCUUCGGACUCUGCCGCUCUAUCGACAGCUGACACAGAGGGCCAUCUAUCGUAUAGAAGGGAGCAGCCCAGCCGGUCUACGUGGCUUGCUGAUAAUGUGGAUCAGCUGAAGCAGGCUUCCUAUUCCCGGACGAAUCUUCUGGUGCUCUUGCAAGCCUUUCCUGGUGGUAUUCCAUGGGGAAUAAUCAUCGUAUAUCUCCAUGACUUCUUGGUCCAGGACAUGGGUUUUUCUAUAGAGUUGGCGCUCUUCGCCACGGCAACCAUGGGGUUAGCAGGCUUCUGUGGGGUGCUCAUAGGCGGGUUCAUCGGUGAGAAGCUCUACCGAUCAGAUCCACGGUACUGCGCUCUAUUCUGUUCGGUUAUGUCUUUGCUACGGGUUAUACCCUUCUUCGCGGUCUUUGGAUGGACUUCUCUGUAUAAGGAAGGGCCGAAUGAGGUUGACCAGCUAGCAGCAGCAGCUAUGGGGAAGGCCAUGGAUGCGGUUGGCGAGUCGCAGGCCCAUAUUGGAUCCACGGAGAUGUUACACCUGUCCUUUUUCGGGACGCUAUUUAUUGGUGGAGUCAUUGCUACCACUCCAGCUGCGAAUUUAGGUGCCAUUCUCUUAAAUGUCAAUCCCCCACAGCAUCGAGUUCAUCGCCAGAUACCCUAUACAGGAGGUCGAGCACUCGCCUAUCAGUUCACUCUGGUGGUAUGGUUAGUGUGUGGCCUCCUGCUGAUACCGGUGGUGAGCAGCCUCCAGGAAGAUGAGCUUUACAUGCAACGCACUUUGCGGGAACAGCAGCAUAGGAAACGAGUGAAUGACAUGAGAGCCGAAGCUAGCCAUCGCAUUCUCACCUCCACAGCCAAAGCAGCCUCCUUGGUCCUCGACAAAAGGCCUGUCGUCGGUGGCGGCACCACUUAG